CUGGCUCCGGAGCAGUUCAAGGGGCGGCCCCAGAGUCCAAUCUGUUGUUUCAUACAGCGGGGCCUCUGUAUUUCUUGCCACUUGAUUUGACGCUCGCUUGAUGUGCUUGUGGCUGUUGGAGUUCCCUGCUGAACCGCCUCUUGCUGUCAAGAUAAUUCUGUACACCCAGCCUUGCAUUUCUGUAUUUCCACUGCAAGGAUCUCCGGGCGUUGUGAUUAAAAGUUCCAUCAGCAAGAUAUUGCAUAAUUUUAAUAUUUAGAGCAUUUAAAAUACGUUUUAAGUUGUUGAUACAGACAAUAAAAUAUACUUUCUCUUAGGAGUGUCAUGUAAAAACAACAUUUUCAUAUGAGAACAGAAAAUGGCUUCAAGAGGAACAACAGAGACCAGUAAACUAAAACAAAACUUGGAGGAGCAGUUGGACAGAUUAAUGCAGCAGCUUCAAGAUCUGGAAGAAUGCAGAGAGGAGCUGGAUGCAGAUGAGUACGAGGAGACCAAGAAGGAAACUCUAGAGCAGCUGAGUGAGUUCAAUGACUCCCUGAAGAAGAUUAUGUCUGGAGAUAUGACUUUGGUGGAUGAGCUCAGUGGCAUGCAACUGGCAAUACAAGCAGCCAUCAGCCAAGCAUUUAAAACUCCAGAAGUGAUUAGAAUGUUUGCAAAGAAGCAGCCGAGGCAAUUGAGGACAAGGCUGGCAGAGAUGGACAGAGAUUUAAUGGUUGGGAAGUUGCCAAGAGACCUGUACACCCAACAGAAACUGGAAAUCCUGACUGCCCUCAGAAAACUUGGUGAGAAGCUCACUGGUGAUGAUGAGAUGUUCUUGUCAACAAAUGCUGGUACAGCCCUGAGCCAAUUUGAGAGAGUGUCCACAGACCUUGGAUCAGGAGACAAAGUCUUUGCCCUUGCAAGUGUUGAAGUAGAAAAGGCAAAACAAUGAAGAGGUUCAUGAGGCUUGUGUCUCCAGUUGUCAGCAGCAUUGGAUUUUGGUGAUACUGUGUUUGGUUUUUCUGUUUCUAGCAUGUUGAAAAUAAGCAAAGCAAAACAAAAAACCCAAGCCCUAAACUUCUUGGGUCCUUAACCAGAAGAUACGAAGUAAACAGCCUUAAGUGCACUUUGGAACCUUGGUGUCUGUACCCUUUAAGUAAUACAAGCUCUGAGGCUGAACACUUAAGUGGAAUUCUAAAACAAAAGCAUGGUAUGACUGUCUUUGGAAAGAGGCAGCUCUUUUGAACUUCUCUGAAUGUGUAUUUCUCUAACUAUUAAAACUUAAUCUUUUUGCAUGUGGUUGUAGCAAGCAGAUCUUUUUAAGAAGUGGUCCUGAUGAUUUUUUUGGGUGAUUCUUCACAUUGUCUUAAUUUUUGUCUGGACUCCCUACUAAGUAGUUUGUGCUAGGAAAGCAUUGAAGCUUUGGAAAAUGGAUGUCGUUUAUUGAAAUGCCAUCUUUCUACAAACUGUUUGCAGAAGACCCAAAAGGAGCCUGGAUGCUGAUCACUGGCCCUUGGCUGCUGCUUUGCCGUGCACAUGAAUGAGCACUUUGUGUCCCAGCCCCGCUGAGGACAAUGGCAGCGCUGUGGGGAGGCUUCUGGAGCCGUUUAACCUCGUGUAUUGACAGGACAGGAAUUGACAGGACAUGGCAAUGAGAUGCUCUUCCCUCAGCUCCGGUGUGUAACUGCACACUGCUGUUAUUUCAGAGGGCACAUGGAAUAACUUGCAAGUAGAAAGAGGUUUGAAAAGGGGGGAGAAGCUCCCGAUGUGAUCAGUGUUGCUCAGUCUCAGUGGUGGAGGGGGAGGGUCUGUGCCUCCACUGGACCCUGAAUAAACUUGGCAUAGGAGGAUUUGAAAUCUCACGUAGUUGAAUUUUUAGCUCAGAGACUUAAGUGGGUAGCAUAGACUAUAAACGGAAAAUUAACGUGGUCAGUCGUCAUUUAGAGUGCACUUACAGGGCAUAAACAGCCUAUAAAUUAGCAAGUUUGUCUAAUUGUAAGCUAGGACUGGAAUAGACUAGAAAAUGUGUUUGUAGACUGUAUUUUGCUUUAACAGAUGUACUUUUGACAUCUAGCAUUUAAGAAAUGAAAGGUAUAGACAGCAUAAUUUGUUUUUCACUGACAGAACAUUUUUCUCCCUGUUUUUAAAAAGCCUUUAUUGAGGAGGGGUCUUUUGUCCAUUCCAGCAGAACUAUUUUCCUGUCUGGGACAGCAUUGUGUUCUCUGACAAAGGCUGAUUGCAGCUUCAUAGCUGAGAGCAGCUUAUUAAAAGGCAUUAUUAGACUCUGAAAUUAUGGGAAACAAAACAGUCUGUGGGGACUGGAGCUGCCUUCUUUUCCUUUCUGCUCAUUACUGGUGCUAAGGAACUCUCCCCAUACACCCCCAGCCUGCUUGCAGCAUUACUAUGUAAAUUAAAUCUCUCAGCACUCACAAAAAGUUUACAGUACAAUGGCAUGGAAAUCUUUUUCCUUGUAGUUUGAGAGGUGCAAGUUUCCAGGAGAAACUUUUUUAAAUUGGUUUGUAAAUAUUUCAGGAUUUUUGCAAAUUCCUCUACUGCUGGCAGUUGUAACUUUCCAAUUAAAUUGAUCCUUGUCUGAACACCUUUCCAACAUCGUGAUGUUUCUGCUCUUGGAAGGAUCUCUGGUGGUUUAGAUGGACAAAGAUGAGACUGAGAUCAGUGCCCAGGAUUGCAAGAUUCAGUGUCAGGUCAGACUUCUCAGGAGCUGUGAAGGGUCAGAAAUGAGAGCUCUACCCAGAGACUGGCUGUGUCCUGCACAAUGCCCUGACCAUAAAUGUGAUUUAACAAGGAAGCUGCUGCUGAUGUGAAGCUAUUCAAGUGUUGAACCUCACAGAUAGUUAAGUAACCUCUUAAAUAAUUAGAUUGAUUUCAGGCAUAGUAAGUUAAUUGGUGUGUUGUGCUAAAUACUUUGCUAAAUAAUCCUGGGAUGUACCUCGAUCACCAUCUUAAAUGUUUCUGCAGGGGCUGGGGAAAAAAAAGAAGUCCAUAAUCUAUUUAUUAUAAUAAUGAUUUCCUCAAAUAAAAACUGAUAACAAAAGAACAACUGCUAAAUGAAAGCAUGGGUUUGUGUUGAACAAACAAGCUUGUGAUGUGUGAGUUCCAUCCCCAGCUCAGUGUUGGACCUGGGCAGAUCACUCAUUCUGUACACAUCUUUCUUUCCUGGAGUAAAAUACAGAUUAUGAUCCUUAAA